UCCAAAGUCCAAAGUGAGCUUCAGUCUCCCAUCCAAAUCCGUUAAAAUACUUUGGGUGUUUGGCAUAUUCCUUUUCUCCACUCCCAAAUCUGUUUGCCCCGAUCUGUUAUCACAUUUGCCUCCGGAUUUUUCCACGAAGUUUUGAUUUGCAUCAACAAUGGAUCUUCUUGGAGUUCUGCACUCCAAUUGUACCGGAAACAUAAGAUUUAUGCUGUUGAGAAGCUCGAUUCUUGAGAAGCCCAUUCUUUCUGGUAACAUCAAGAACAUGACCUUGGCUCCUUGUUCACUGUCUGGGCCAUCAUUCCGGGUCGACCAUUUGGGAGCUUUUGAUAUCAAUUUGCCGAAAGGUGGUGCCUUUUCUUCAUCUGGGUUCUCGAGAUCGUUUGUGGUCAGAGCUGCGGGGAAGAAAAAUUCAGGGAAUUCUAAUUCAAACUCCUCUUCACACGGGAAAGGUGAUAACUCGUUUGCAGAAGAUGGUAGUUUUAAAGAAAGUAAUCCUAUUUCUGAAGGAAACAUUGAAAAUAAUGGUGGUCAGACAUCCCAUCAUAAACCUUUGGACUGGAGAGAGUUCAGAGCUUCUCUUUAUAUUCAGGAGCAGGCUGCAAUUGCCGUCUCUGACCCUCACAAGCAUGAUGGCACAGCGUUUGGCUUUAAACCUCUUCCUCCAAAGUGGGCUCACCCAAUUGCAGCCCCUGAGAAUGGUUGUCUCCUUGUUGCCACUGAAAAGCUUGAUGGAGUUCGCACCUUUGAGAGAACUGUGGUUCUUCUCCUCAAAUCUGGAACCAAUCAUCCUCAAGAGGGGCCUUUUGGAGUUGUCAUAAACCGCCCACUGGGGAAAAAGAUGAAACACAUGAAACCCACCAAUCUUGACUUGGCGACAACCUUCGCCGAGUGUCCCUUGCAUUUUGGUGGACCCCUUGAGGCAAGUAUGUUCUUGCUAAGAGCAGAAGGAAAGUCUGACACUCACAGGUUUGAAGAGGUGGUUCCAGGCGUGUCCUUUGGUGCUCGUAACAGUUUGGAAGAGGCAUCAGCAUUGGUAAAGAAAGGGGUACUGAAACCUCAAGAUUUUAAAUUCUUUUUUGGGUAUGCAGGGUGGCAGCUAGACCAAUUGAUGGAAGAGAUUGAAUCUGAUUAUUGGUAUGUCGCGGCGUGUAGUGCAAAUUUGAUUCUCGGGGCAUCACACAUUUCUCCACCAGAGAACUUGUGGAAAGAGAUUUUGCAGCUAAUGGGCGGCCAUUACUCAGAAGUAAGUCGCAAGCCCAAGCAAGACAUUUGAUUCCCCGCGCCCAUGGUUUAGAGCUGUUAGUAUUAAUCAUGAAGAAGUUUGUUUGAAAUCCAAUGUACAUAAGGUUCACAUAUAUUUCUAAGUAAUAAUAGCCUAAUAGUGGCUGCAUGUUUUUGGUUUCCAGAGUAUGAUUGUCUUUAAUGUUUUUGUUUGUGUAAGUACUUGGCAUCACUAGUGUUGGUUUGAACCAGAUCUGUCUGUAUGUAAUGUAGAAGUAAAUAGAACAAGACUUGCUUCAAUGAAAGGUUACUAAUUGCUACUAUUA